CUCUCAGCCAACAGAUAUAUAUGAAGCAUAUCUUCACGCCACAACUUACAAUCAACCAUCUAGAACAUCAAAAUCAAAUAAUUCACCAUGUCUACCACCGAUCGCGCCGUAAUCCCUUUCUCGGAGCCGCCGUACCUGAGCGGGUUCCCAUCUCCGUACUACAGCCCGUCGCAUCUGAAAUGGCAAAAGACCUGCCGCGCGUUCAUGGAGGAGAACCUUCUCAAGCAUGCGAUGGAGUGGGAGCGUGAAGAAACUGUCCCCGAGCAUGUCUUCAAGAAGUUUGCGGACAACAACUUUCUGAUUCCCAACCUUCCCGCGCCGCUACCCGUGGCAUGGUUGAAGAAGCUGGGGAUCCACGAGAUGCCUGGAGGAAUCAAGGUUGAGGACUGGGAUUAUUUGCACACCGCAAUCUACGUUGAUGAGAUGGCACGUUCUGGUCUUGCUGGUCCAUCCGCCUCGGUCACUGUGGGCAUGGCUUUUGGUGUUGCCCCCGUCAUCAAGUUUGGAAAUCAACAGCUCCAAGAACGCUUUCUUCCCGACCUUCUCACAGGGAGAAAGCGUACUUGCAUUGCUAUUACGGAGCCUGAUGCUGGUUCUGAUGUCGCUAACAUCACAACCACCGCUAUCAAGACCAAGGAUGGCAAGCAUUACAUUAUCAACGGAACUAAGAAAUGGAUCACCAAUGGUAUCUGGGCCGACUACUCGGCUAUGGCUGUCCGAACUGGCGGCCCUGGACCCGCUGGCAUCUCCAUGAUCCAGGUGCCAUUGAAGGGUUACCCAGGAGUCACCAUGCGGAGACUCAAGGUCGCUGGUCAAAUCUGCGCUGGUACCACUUACAUCGAGCUUGACGAUGUCAAGGUUCCCGUUGAGAAUCUGAUUGGUGAGGAGGGUCUGGGUAUGAAGUACGUGAUGACGAACUUCAACCACGAGCGCCUGACCAUUGCAAUUGGUGUCACCCGCCAAUCUCGCGUGGCGCUGGCUGCUGCAUUCGAGUACUGCUUGAAGAGAGAGGCCUUCGGAAAGACUUUGAUGGAUCAACCCGUUGUAAGAAACCGCCUUGCAAAAUGCGGCGCUGAGCUCGAGAGUCAGUCUGCUUGGGUCGAUCAGUUUGUGUACCAGAUGACCAAGCUGAGCAAGGCUGAGGCGGAUCUCAAAUUGGGCGGUCUCACAGCAAUGGUGAAAGCACAAGCCGGAAGGGUAUUCGACGAAUGCGCGAGAUGCGCUGUUCUAUUAUUCGGAGGAAACGGUUACACCAGAACGGGCCAAGGAGAGCUUGUCGAGAAAAUUUACCGUGAAGUGCCCGGUGCCCGUAUCCCUGGUGGCAGCGAGGACGUGAUGUUUGAUCUUGCGGUUCGCCAGCUGGUGAAGCUUUAUAAGCAACAGACAGCCGCACUUGGGGAGCCAUCUAAACUCUAGAAUUAGAUGAUAGGAUGUUAUGAUAGAGCGUUUAAAGCCGUA